AAUAAUCUAAUUUAAUAAUCUAGCUGUUAUCGCGUCCGUCUUUGAUUCCUUCGUCCUCAGAAGGGUCAACAGGGACGGCCAUGACCCAAACCCUUUCUCCCAUCUUCCACCAAAAACCCUAGAAUUCAUUUCAAUUUCAAUCCCUUCUUAUCCAUUUCCCUUAAUUCUCCCAAUUUCAUACAAUUUCCUUCUUCUUACUCACAGCUAUGUCAUCCGAGAUCGAGGUCGUCGACGAGGUUCAAUCCCGCGAUCAACAAUCCACGCCUUCUUCUUCCGCCGAUGAAGUCGCCGAAGAAACCCUCCGGAACGACGUCUACACGGCCGCGGCUUAUGGGGAUUUGGAGAAGCUACAGAGAUUGGUGGAGCAAGAGGGUUGCCUCGUUACCGAGCCUGAUGGUUUGGGUUACUACGCGCUUCAGUGGGCCGCACUCAAUAACCGCACUGCCGCUGCUCAGUACAUAAUUGAGCAUGGGGGAGAUGUAAAUGCAACAGAUCAUACUGGCCAAACAGCCUUGCAUUGGAGUGCGGUUCGGGGUGCCAUUCAGGUUGCAGAGCUUUUACUCCAAGAGGGUGCUCGAGUGAAUUCUGCCGACAUGAAUGGGUAUCAGACAACACAUGUUGCUGCUCAAUAUGGUCAAACAGCUUUCCUUUACCAUGUUGUAUCAAAAUGGAAUGGUGACCCUGAUGUUCCUGAUAAUGAUGGAAGAAGCCCCUUGCAUUGGGCUGCUUACAAAGGUUUUGCUGAUUCUAUACGUCUUCUGUUAUUUCUUGAUGCACAUCGGGGGCGUCAGGAUAAAGAAGGUUGCACUCCUCUACAUUGGGCUGCCAUUCGGGGUAACUUGGAGGCCUGUACCGUGUUAGUACAAGCUGGUAAAAAGGAAGACCUAGUGGUGACCGAUAAUACUGGCCUUACACCAGCUCAGCUUGCCUCUGAUAAGAGUCACAGACAAGUUGCUUUUUUCCUUGGAAAUGCCCGAAGGUUGCUUGACAAACGCUUUGACUCUAACAGCCGCCUUGGAAGGAUAUCUAAAUUAGGACUUGCUCCUGUUCUUUGGUGCAUAAUUUUUGUGCUAUUGGUCACCUAUAUUCAUUCGGUCAUCUUGGCAACAAAUAUGCCAAAGCUGACAGCUGCAGCUGGCCUUUUUGCAUGGUUUGGAGUGUUACUUGCUUCUGUUGGAUUGGUGAUGUUUUAUAGGUGUAGCAGCAAGGAUCCAGGUUAUAUCAGAAUGAAUGUGCAUGAUAGUCAGAAUAUGAAAGAUGAUGAACCUCUUUUGAAGAUUGAGAUAAAUAAUCCUGCUUUGCUAGCUGGAAAUUGGUCCCAACUUUGUGCAACAUGCAAGAUUGUCAGACCUCUUCGUGCAAAACAUUGUUCUACAUGUGAUCGUUGUGUGGAACAGUUUGACCAUCAUUGUCCUUGGGUAUCCAAUUGCAUUGGCAAGAAAAACAAAUGGGAUUUCUUUGCUUUUCUUAUUCUCGAAGUUUCAGCGAUGUUGGUUACUGGUGGAGUUUGUCUAACAAGAGUACUGACUGAUCCACUUGCUCCUUCUUCAUUUGGGGCAUGGUUUAAUUAUGUUGGUAAAAAUCACAUUGGUGCAAUAUCAUUUCUAAUUGCUGAUUUUUUCCUCUUCUUUGGAGUGUUUGCUCUGACAGUUGUUCAGGCUAGUCAGAUAUCACGCAAUAUUACAACAAACGAAGUUGCAAAUAUAAUGAGGUAUAGCUACCUCAGAGGUCCAGGUGGUAGAUUCAGAAAUCCAUAUGAUCAUGGUAUCAAGAAGAACUGUUCUGAUUUCUUGAUAAAUGGUUACAAUGAAGACUUGCAGUAUGUUGAAGAAUUAGGCCAGUCAGAUGAGGGUGUAGGAAUGAUGCACAUUUCGAGGAGCUCAAACGUAAGAAAUGGAGAUUCGCAUUCUCAAUCUGAAUAUGCCAAGGGCAACGGAAAUGGCCAUGUUGUUAUUAAUGUGAAUUCAAACAGUACCAACCCAAAAACCCACCAUGGUCAUAUUAAUGGUCAUGUUCAUUCUUCACAUUGUAGUCAUAGUAACCAAGGCAAAACCAGAAAUGACAGCAUUCCUGUGGGCUUAGGUCUUGGCCUUGGACGGAACACCAGAUCUGUUUCACCCUCAUCAUGAUAUUUACAUGUCUUUUUGUACCUAAAUUGUAAUGUAUCAUAGGUAAGCAUCUGGUUAGAUUAUGUUAAUUCAAUUUAUUGUGGCUCUUUUCUACCAUAGCAAUGUUCAAUCUUGUGCAAUUACUGUUAUA